AUGGAACUUGUUCAAAAUGAAUUUUUCGUGGAGGAGAAAUUUCCAGUCAAACCAAAGAGGGCACAAAUUGAGACGCUGACCGCAAGGGCGGCAAAGUUUUCAUACUUUUCCAUUCCCGAGCUUCGAUACCUUCUGCAAACGGAAGACUUCAAUGCAGAAGAAACUACAGUUACAGACGAAGAAUACUGCGUCGUCCAACCCUUGUUGAAAAAUAUCUCUGGACGCAUUUCAGUUUGCUACAAUCAAGAGCUCGGCGGCUUUGUUAUUAUUUUCCAAGUGUUCGAUGAACUUUGGAUAUCUUUUAGAGGAACAAACAGUCGCGAUUUCGCUGACGGGGUGAAGGAUAUCCAAACAGACUUGAAAGUUAGCCAAGUUCAACCCCAUUUCUUUCCCAAGGUCAAUGUUCACCGCGGCUUUGCGGAGAGCUACGCCACCCUCAGGGAUUAUGUUUGGUACGAAGUUGAAAACACGACGAAAAUCAAUGCUGAAUCGCGAAGAAUGACGAGAAUUAGAAUUCUAGGGCACAGUCUCGGAGGUGCUUUGGCGACAAUUUGCGCAGCUGAUAUUCGUUUCAAUGCUUAUCAAAAAUCAGCGAAUCAUUACAAACCUUCGAUAAAUGGUUCCAUUAUUAAAGUAUCCUGCAGAACCUUCGGGUCUCCUGCUGUUGGUGACGCCGAAUUUGCGAAUUUCUUCAACAACGAAGUCAAAGAUUCCAUCCGCUACGCCAUCAAAUUCGACCCUGUUACACUUUGCCUCUCUCCACUGAAAGAAUACUCCCAUGUGGCUCACUACUUAGAAAUGGGAGACAUCAUUGGAAAGCACAAAAUUGAGUACUACGUUGCCCAGCUGGAAGAAUGGCAUAAAACGCGAAAAGUCAGCGAAAUCAGCAUAGAAGAGGAGCAUUUACUGAUGGCGGAUACUCAGCACGAUGAUAAUAGUGGCCCUCCAAAGAUCAUUAUAGCCAUUAUGAUUGGCAUCUCUCUCUUCUUGUGGUCAAGAGUAUUUUCAAGAUACAAAAGACCUGGAUUCAACAUUUACCGUUUCAUUCCCGAAAAGUGGCAGUACUUUAUUCCUCCGUUCUUUAAUCAAGAGUAUUGA